AUGAAACAAAGUAUUGAGUUCGCAUGUUUUAUCAAAAUUUUUAUGUUUAUCAUUUUAAUUUGGACGUGUCAUUUUUACAGUAACAUGAGCAGUUUUAACAAAAUUUUGGAUGAAAAGCAUGGCUCUGAUAAAAAACUAUAUAAACGAAUUGAUCGAUUAUUAGGAAAAUGUGAAAAGAGUAUUUUUGCAAAUAUUGGAGAUUUAGAAUUAAAUAUACCAUAUUAUAAAAAAAGGAGGAAUGAAGAAAUAUUUACAGUAGAUAAUGAAAAAUUUCAGAAAGAAAAAAAAGAAAAAUUAGAUAGAAGCUUAUUAUAUAAGGAAAAAUUGAUUAAAAAACUUAUGAAAAAUAAAUAUACCAUGUUGCAUAGAUCAUAUACCCAUUAUGAAAAAAAAAUUAUGAAUGGACUUAAUGAUAAAGCUUUUUUUAAAAAAAUGUUGUUAAUUAAUGAUAAGGAUUACAAAAAAUUAAAGCGUAAAAAUUACGGAUUGCGACUCUGUUUACUUUUAUUAUUGUUCUUGUUGAUAUCUGUGAUACCUAUAGUAGAUUUAUCCAUUGGAGAUUUAUUGUUGCAAUUAGUUAGUUUAUUAGAAAAUGGUACAUCAUCUGGUUUUUCGACUCCCACACCUGAAGGUGCAGGUGCCUCGGGAACAUCGUGGCUAUCUUAUUUUUCUGAAAAUCCUUCUGUAGCAUACAAAGCCCGAAGUAUUCUAAUAUACUGUGUACCUAUUUUAAUAUUGAGUAUUAUACUUAUACUAGGAAUUUUUUAUUUUCAUAAAAAAUUUAUAAAACAUAAAAAAGUUAAGUUCUUGGAAGCGUUUCAUGAAUGGUAA